AUGCUCGAGGAAGGCGAGGGCCUCGGACUGGAUGCGGUCGAUCGUUGGCCUGCUCACAAGUGGUGGCUUUUGAUUUCCGUGUGCUCGAUAUUAGUAUACGGCCUCGCCGGCCUCAUAUGUGCGGUCCUGACAUGGUUCCGUGCAUGGCAGCACGCAGAUGUUAUGUCUGUUGCAGACAACGAUAUUCUGAUAUUGAUCACCCUGUCAUCCUCCAUCCUGCUCCUCACCUUCGUGCUGGGUAUCAGCGGCACCAUCCUCAACUCCCGUCCUAUUCUUGCAGUCUAUGCCGUGCUUCUCUGGCCUGCACUGCUAUCCAUGCUCGCCAUAGGAUAUACCGGCUACAAACGAUACGCCUUUGCGCUAGAUCGCAAACUCAAUCUCGCUUGGAGUCAAUGGUACACACCAGUUGGACGACUCAUCAUCCAGAACUCCUUGCGGUGCUGUGGCUACUACGAUUCGCUGCACGAAGCUACCGCGAGCAAGCAGUGCUAUCCACGGACGCCCCUUCCUGGCUGCAAAGGCAAACUCUAUCGCUUCGAGCACGAGAACCUGGCAACGAUCUGGUCUACGGCCUUCGCGCUCGUCCCCGUACACAUCAUCAACAUCAUCGUCUCGCUUCUCUGUGUGAACCAUGUCACACGGACGUUUGGGAAAGGCAUCAUGCCCAAGCGGUAUUGGCUCAGUGGGGCAGACGUGAGGGCCGAUGCGGAAAGGCUGAUGGGCCCGCGUACUGGGAUCAACCCAGUAAUUAGGCCCGGCACGACGAGACCUCCCUUGAGUGCGAUUUUCAGGGAAGAUAGGGAGGGAUACAAUCCGGCAUCAUUGGAGGACGAAUGGGAUCACGUAGACAGAAAGUGUCCGGGGGUGGGGCUGGGACUGGAACGACCUCGACGGACAGACGAUUGA